AGCCAUUUUAGCUCAAGCCGCGUGGCUCAGCAGGCGUGCCCGCUGAGCUAGGCGCCGCGGCUGCCGAGCCGUCGCACGAAUCUCUGUUGUGGUUGCGCAGACCUACUGCGUGCCCGUCGGGAUGGCAGGGAGCGGCGCUGAUGAGACCGGCAGGCUUCUCUCGGACCCAGCUGGGGGGGCGGCAGGGCACCCCGAGGACAGGCCUGAGGACCACGUGGACAAACCUCAGGAGCGCGGGCGACAGGAGUCCAGACCGUAUUUUCUCGGGUGCUAUCCGUUCUUCGUCGGUGAAGUCUUGGAGCUGAAGAACAAGGAGAAGAAGGCGACGCGUGCACACUGCGUUGGCCCUGUCAUGGCUCUAGCACUCUGGUGUCCAGUCAUACAUGCCCUCGUGAUGUUCUCGUUCAUGGGGCUGGGCCUCAUGAUAGGGAGAAGGAGCCAGACAGGGGGCACCCUUGACCUGGCCUACCCAAAAUUGUGGCUUGCGCUGGCUGCUUGCACGUGCUUUGCCUUGAUGUGCCUCGAGGUUCACAUCGCAAAGUAUUCGAGCACAUGGUACAGCGACAAGGCACGUAAUCAGUCCAAGAAUAAUGGCCAGAUUGGAUGGCCGUGCAUGCCCGUCCAUAUGCUCGAUGGCUUGUUGCGUCGUUGUUGCUCCUCUUCGUCCACGUGGAGCAAAUUCCAGGACACAUGGUAUUUCCAUGUAUGGUUUAUUUGGCUCUUUGGGCUAGGCACUGUGACUUUGUACAGCCGACUUCAGGCGAACGCAUUUUUGGGGGUGUUUGUCUACGGCUACUUUCAUCAGGACAGGUCGGCCGUGGUGUCUUUAGUCUGGCAGGAGACGUUGCGCCAAUCGCGUUUCAUACGUGAGUACUUCCCGCUUUCGGCCAUACUCCUUAUCAUGUUCAUCGCGCAGAUCCUCCACUACGCUUUCGGCGUGAUAAAUUUCUGGCCCCGCUGCGGGUGGAAGACGACAGACCACAAGCGGUGGCAAACGGAUCCGACAAGUGAUCGCUCGAAGUGGAUGGCUUGGGGGAGGAGUUUUGAGUUGGAGGUCAAGGGAAUGGAUAACCUUGAGAAAACCAUCACAGACCGAAUCGAGUGGGACUUUUGGAGAGGUAGUUUCAAGGGCGGAUUCGUUGAGGCGCAUCGCCCAGCUGGUGAGAUCUCGCUCUCAGGCCCUCCAGGCGGACCUUUGUACAGUGGAGGGCACCCCUACGAGCCAUCCGAGGAAGACUUCCCACUUAUCAUAAAGUGGACAAGUAACAGGUUCGCAUACACCACCUUGACUGGUGCAGAAGCAACCUCGUCCACAGUUUUGGACGGGGUCGCAGAGUGCUGCAGCAUGUCUAUCAUGUUGGAAAUGCACAAGUUGGAGCUGAAGGAUUGGAGGAAGGCGAAUGACUUACUUGUCAAGUACGAGGAUCGGGUGAAGGUGCAUAAUAAUGCCCCCACAGAAAAGAUGUCAGGUGCACUCAUCCAGGAAGUGCGAACGCUCCUUAACGAUGCUGUCAAUGUCACGCGGUGUGCCUUCUCACGUAUCUUCAUUUAUGGUGUCUGCUUCUGUGGUGUUCAUCUCCACUUCCAGGUCACAUAUACCAACGCACUCUGUUCGGGUACGAAGCAUUGUCCAAACGCCCAGAAGGCCCUCCGGCUCGGAAUUGCUUCAGCUCUCGUGUCAAUGUUGUUAGUUCUUGCCAAGGUUGUCGACAUCACCAGGUACUUGUGUACUGUAUUGGAUAUUCUCCGGCGCUAUGGAGAAGUGCUUCAUCCUGAACACGCGACAUUGAAGCAGUUGCAAUCCAUGUUGAAUCAAAUCCGUGUGUCCAAAUUCAGGCUAAUAGGUUGGUCUGUUUUAAUGGUGCCAGCGUGUUUGACGUUUGUCUGGAACUUUUCGUGGUUAUGUGCCAAGUGGGCUAUGGAUAGUUUUGUUUGUCCGAGCCACAUGUGGAACGUCCCUGCUCUGAUGGAGUUAACGAACCCAGUGAGCGGUUGCGUCGAUCUCAACGACACAACCUUCUCGGUGUCAUAGACCGACAACAGAUAUUGUCGUCAUACACUGUGCUUUGUGUCUUGACCACCAGUCUGGACCAACGCUCCCAACAGUUUAGUAGCGUAUAUGUUAUAUGCGUUUGUUUCGCGGGGUUGCUUUCCAAAUCUAUGAUUUCAUUAUCUGGGUUACGUGUGAUUUCACUAUACAUACAUAUAUAUAACCACUGUAAAUCAAAGAUGGCGCUCCCCCAGAAUUUCUUGUUACGCAAUGGAUGCCCGAGGCGGUAAUCUAGUUGUGCCCCUCCUCGCAUAUACGUUUUUCCAGUGCUGCCGUUGAUGACAUUUGAAGCCUUCGUUCCAGGAAGCCCCAGCAAAUCUGACCUGAAUGUUUCACCUCCAGCGAAUGCGUUGCCCCCAGCGAAUGCGUUGCGAACGUAGCCGGCCAAGGAGCUCGCUUUUGCCUUCCGCUUGCUGUUCUGGGGUUGCCCUUCCGCGAGGCUGGAGGUCUACGAACUGCAGGGGCUCGGCUCGCACUGCGAACGGCUGCUCGUGGUCGACCGGAGUUCUGGCGACUGCGCUCGAGCAGCGCUUGCCGCCCGCCCGUUCCGCUGAUGACUAAAAAGAGAUUCGAGAAUUCGGGAUCUGGGCCCCUUAAAGACAUCCCAGGAGUGGUUGGGGGAUCCGGCGAAGGACUUGAGGACACGCCCACUCCGUGCCCAACGGCACGGUGGGGGAUGCUCUCGUGAUCAUCUUUUGUGCCACGUUGAGGUGUACACGACGGGGGCGGACAUCGAGGCGCAAAGCUUGUUCGAAUGUAUUCACUGUUCUGCUGGGUCAAUCGGCGGUCACAGUAGCCGUCCAGGAC